AUGGACUUGGAUGAUGACGGGAGGUUAAAAAAUAUAUUCUGGGUAGACCCCCAUAGUAGAGCAGCCUACCAAUAUUUCAGGAAUGUCGUAAUCUUCGACACCACAUACUUGACUAAUCGAUAUGGGAUGCCAUUUGCGCCAUUUGUUGGUGUAAACUACUAUGAACAAUCAAUUUUGUUGGAAGCUGGCUUGAUUUCCUCUAAGGAUACUGAGACCUUCGUGUGGUUAUUCCAAACUUGGUUGCAGUGUAUGCAUGGUAUAGCGCCGAAGACUAUUAUCACUGACCAAAACAGAGCCAUAAAAAAUGCUAUUGCAAUUAUUUUCCUAGAAAGCCGACAUAGAUUUUGCCUGUGGCAUAUCCUUAAGAAAGUCCCUGAAAAGCUUGGCUGUUAUGGUUCUUACAAAACUGGAAUGAAAACUGCACUAAUGAAAUGCGUGUAUGACACCCAAACGUCGGAAGAGUUUGUAAACUGUUGGGAUCAGUUGAUUAGCAUCUACAACUUGCAUGAGAAUGUCUGGUUGCAGAGUUUAUACACUGAGCAUGAGCAUUGGACAAACUUGAAAGAGUUUGUCAAUCAAUAUGAUAAUGCCUUGAAAAAGAAGUUUGAGAACGAAAAUUACGGAGACUUCCAGUCAUUUAAUGUCACAACUCCCUGCAUCUCUAUAUCUCCAAUUGAAAAUAGAUACAAAGAUUUGUACACAAAUGCUAAAUUCAGGAAAGUUCAGCACCAACUUACCGGUAUUAUCGACUUGGACCCAAUUUUACUUAAGUCAAAUGUUCAUGCUAAGACCUAUCUGGUAGAGGAUGAAGUUCGUGUUGAAUAUUUCACUAAACUGGUUACACAUUCAAUGGAUUUUUGUGAGGAUGAUGCAGUCGCCAAGUGUUCUUGUGGUUUAUUUGAAAUGAGGGGGAUACUGUGCCGACACAUUUUCGCCAUCUUCAAAUGUAACGGGAUUAAGACAAUACUAGAUAGGUACAUUUUGGAUCGAUGGAGGAAAUACAUCAAAAGAAUAUACACGUUAAUCCACAGCAGCUAUGACGCAGGGGAUCAACGGGAAGAUGCUAAUAGAUAUUCAAGUCUGUUGAAUAUCUGUUAUACGAUGAUUACUUGUAUGGCGAGUUCGAAAAAACAUACUGAGGAUGCAACAACUAAGUUAAAUGCAAUGAUUGACCUGUAUGAAGUGGACCAAGGACCACCAUCGAUGACCGAAAAGUGUUUAAAUGUUGAUGGCAUAACAAAAUGA